GGGAAGGGUGGAUAGUGUUUAAAGAAAGAGUUGUAAUCAUAUAAUGAAGAGAAAUACUGAGAGAAAGAGAAAAUGUCUGAUAAUAAUCAUCUGUGUCUGCUGGGACUGAUCUUUCUCUCUUCACUUCUCACAGGUGUCAGUGGAGUGGAUGAUGCUCAUGUGUUCAUCAGUUCUGGUGAAGAUGUCCGUCUGUCCUGUAAUAAUGCUCUUCAUGACUGUACAUCAACUACAUGGAACUAUAACAGAUUCAGUCAUUCAACAACAGUUGAACUGAUUGCUUUAGGGAGAAAGAAAGACACAGAGAGACAUGAGAGACUGAGUCUGGGGUCUGACUGCUCUCUGAACAUCAGGAACAUCUCAACAGAAGAUUCUGGAUCUUACAGCUGCCAACAAUGGACUGGUGUGGGUGGAGAACGACUAAGACCUGAUGCUGGUGUUUAUCUGCAUGUUCUUCAUGUCUCAUCCUCACAGACUGAGAUCAGUGCAGGUCUCUCUGUGACUCUCUUCUGCCAGCUGUAUUCAUAUCCUCGAGUCUCUUGUGGUGAUUCGGUCGAUUCUGAGAGAAUUGAUCUGUUCUGGGUGAAUCAGGCUGGUGUUAAACUGAGAUCAGACUCCAGAUAUCAGAUAUCAUCCUCAUCAGAUCCCUGUAUCAUCUCUCUGAAUACAACACUCCUGAAUGAAGAUCACAACAGAGAGUGGAGAUGUGAAGUUACUCACAGAGAUCAAGUCAAGAGCUCAGUCACAUACACUGUCAAGAGUUCAGCUGAAGCUGGUUCAACAACAGCAGUGAUUCCAGUCCACAGCACACACUCUCAGGAUCCCUCAACUACAAACACACACACAACUAAAGUGAUUGUGAGUAUUGUUGAGUUUGCAGUGUUUGCUGCCCCUACUGUGAUUCUUCUGCAGAUCAUCUGUACAAGAAGAGCUGGGAGGAAGGACUCGCAGCAGCCAGCGGAAAUAGAAAAGAAUACAAUAACAGAAUAA